ACAAAUUAUGAAUCUAAAAUUAUAUAAAUAUAUACACACAUAUUAGCAAUGCAUUUCUGUGCAUCUGGAAGGAAUGUGAGUCAAUCCGAAUAACUAACAAAUUGGUCAAGUCAACUGUGAUAGGAACAUCUAAGUCAAACACACAGAUUAGUAUUAUGACAAAGACAGCAAAUUUAUAGCUUAUAACACACGGUUACGCGAUUUCUAAAAUUGUCCAAACCGUUUCAAUAAAUUCUAAUUUUUUUCUUCUCAUUUUAAAUAUUGAACAUCAGAGAGAGGACCUUUAAACAAGAAACGGCUGAAAAAAAUGAAAACCCUAAUAAUAUGGUGCCUUGUGUCCCAAGCAAUCAUUUUAGCGGGAAACUCAGCCGAGAAAGGAGACGUUGAUUUUUCCAUACUAAUAAAAAACGAAAUGUACAACUUCAAAAAACCUUCCGUUUUCUACCACUGCCGAUCCUCAAAGAAAGACCUCGGAUGGCACAAGUCGCAACCAUCUUCCGAGUUUCGUUGGAGCUUCGAAGUUCCUCAGUUUGGUAACGGCGUGAUGGUACACAACUGUGAGUUCAGGUCGAGGCUAGGAACAGCGAAUAUUGAGAUCGAGACGUUGUCUACUACGGCUAUUCUAUGCGACGGGCAGACAUGCAAGUACGCGAUUAGACGUAACGGGAUUUAUUUCAUUGGUUAUGAGUUGUAUUAUCCCUUUGGAGGGAUUGUUGAGCUGUCUAGGCCUGUCGAGAAGCUAAUUGAGCCGUGGACGCCUUGGUCACCGCAUCAACUGAGAGAUUUGAACCGUAGUAAGCAGAACCAUUCUUGAUUCGGAUCCUUGGAGUGCCAGUAUA